AUGGUCAUUUGUCUUCGUCUCGAGAUCGAUGAUGCAUUUGAAUCAGAUUUAGAAACACUUAAAUAUAUUGUUUACGAAGCUUCUUUCAACGAAACAAAAGCAAUUCUACCAUCAAAUACGAACAAUACAGAAAUACCUGCAGUGAAAACCGCUAGUACUGGUCAAAGAGAAGCACGCGAACUCUUUGUCGAAACUUAUGUGUUUGACGAUAAAUUAACUUUACCGAAUCAUCGUUCCCUGUCAUCUAACGUAAUGAGUGAUGCUAUUGAAAUGACUUAUCUUGAUUUGUCAAAACGUCGUCAACAACAGCACGAACAAGACAUGAAUACUUCAAAUACGAAUGAACCUGAUGCUAUACCAAAAUCAUCAAUUACCGAUGAAUCUCAGAAACAUAUAACAACACAACCAACUUUUCCAGAUAUAAGUGAUUUACCGGAAACUAAAGUAACAAACAAGACAAAAAAAAAUCGAAAAGUAUCAACAACAACCAAUGAUACAAAUCGUAGCAUUGAAAUAUCAACUCAUAUAUCAACAACUCCUGAUUCACAAAUUCCAUUUUAUUGUGGUAAUCAUUUAGUCGAUAUCACACGAGGUAUUCUACAUCUGUAUAAAGACAAUAAAGCACUAGGAACUAAUAAUGAACCGAAACGUUGUGAAAUGUUGGCUAUGCUAGCUAUUCCAGCUGAUGUAGCUUGUAGGGAAUUGAUUGCAUUUAUCUAUCCCGCUUAUGAUGGUAUUGAAUAUUUGCGAAUUAUUCGUGAUCCAACUCCAAAUCAAUAUAUGUGUUUAAUAAAAUUCAAAGCUCAAAAACAAGCUGAUGAAUUCUAUGAUUAUUACAAUAAUCGUCAAUUUAAUUCAAUUGAAAAAGGUGUUUGUCAUUUAGCAUUUGUUACAAAAGUUGAUAUAACGAGUACAGCUAAAGAAGGAUCAUGUCCUAUUCCUGGUCUUACAGAAUUACCACCCUGUUAUAUAUGUCUGGAAAGAAUGGAUGAAAGUCUUGCUGGAGUAUUAACUAUUCUAUGCAAUCAUUCCUUUCAUGGUGAUUGUCUUGUUAAAUGGGGUGAUAGUUGUUGUCCUGUAUGUCGUUAUGUACAAACACCGGAAGUUAUUGAUGGUCAGUCAUGUUUUGAAUGUGGUUCACAAGAAGAUCUUUGGAUUUGUUUAAUUUGUGGACAUGUUGGAUGUAGUCGGUUUAAACAAGGUCAUGCUUUUGGACACUUUGAAUUAACUCAACAUACGUAUACAAUGGAUUUAAAACGGCAACAUGUCUGGGAUUAUGUUGGCGAUAAUUAUGUUCAUCGACUUAUACAAAAUAAAAGCGAUGGAAAACUUGUUGAAUUACGUGGUGAAGGUGUUAAUACCUAUGAUAUUGAUGAUUAUACCGAAAGUACAUCAAAAACUGAUACAACUCAAGAAAAAAUUGAUUCAAUUGAACUUGAAUAUACAUAUUUAUUAACAAGUCAAUUAGAAUCUCAGCGACGCUUUUUUGAAGAUAAAUUACAAUUUGUUGAAGAUGCAACUCAUGGAAAAAUCGAAGAGCUUGAACAGUCAAAUAAAUUAUUAAAAGAACAUGCACAACAAUUACAAACAACACUUGAUGUAAUAGCAAAAGACAAACAACAACAAGACAAACGUUCCUCAACUAAAAUAACAAAACUUCAACAUGAUUUUGACGAAGAAAGAUUAAUGAACCAACAAUUAAGACAAAAUCAGAAUUAUUUUCAAACUGAAAUGCAAAAAUUAAAAGAAGACUUCGAUACUGCUAUGAAAACUAAAAAUCAAGAAAUCGAUGAACUGAAAGAUCAAUUACGUGAUCUCAUGUUUUUUAUUGAUGGUCAACAGAAACUUAAAGAAAUUAAAGACCUAUCAGUUGAUGAACUUGAAUCAAGUGAAGUAACUAUAAAUAGUCCGACAACUACAAGUGCUAGUUCGACAUCUACAACUAAUUCCGAUAAAGCUAAUGAACAAUACGAUGAAACAACAUGUCAUGUUGAAAAAUAUGAUAAUGAUCAACGUGAUUAUUCAUCUCGACAUGGCCAAGCUAGUCUAUUAGCUACUUCACUUGGUCCACAUAAUUAUUUAUCUUCAUCUCAAUUUGAUAGUCUAUUAACUACUCCACCUGCUCAAAAUAAUUAUUCAUCUUCUGGACAUGGCCAACUUGAUUAUUCUCGUUUUCAACGUGCUCAUUUAAUAAUGAAAUAA